AUGAAGCUCUUUUAUGGCGUGGUUUUUUUAAUGCUAGCAUUGGUUAUGGUAUCCAAUGCAGAUGAGGAAGAUGGUUUGAAGAAACGAGGCGAUAUUACGCAAAAGUCAAAUUCUAAUGAAGAAUCAGAAGAUGAGAGUUCUGAAGAAGAUUUGGAGAAUGCAUUUGAACAGUUGCGUGAACUUAAAGCACUGCGUGACACAAUACUUAAAUUAGUGCCAUCGUCAGAUCCAUUCUUGAAUGAUAAAAUCACCAAACAGCAAAAAGGUGACUCUGAGGAUGAACCAGAAAAUGCAGGCAAGGAACCUCCUGAAAAUUCACCCUCUAGAAAUGUAUGGAUGAAAGCUAUGAUUGCACAGCCAAAAGAAACGGAUACGUCAGAUUCUAGUAUUCUUCAGACUUUGGAGGAAGACGAUUGGGACUUACCUGGAGAAGAAGGCUCAGAUGAACAAGUUGAAGAAGAAGUUCAAGAGCCUUUAACUCCAAAGCAACAGGAAGCUGAAGACUUAUUUAACAAUGCUCAGGCAAUUUUGAAUGCAACACGUACAAAUAAGGCUGAGGCAUAUAAACUGCUUGUUGCUGCAGCAACACUAGGACACAGAGAAGCACGUUCCAUGUUAGCAUGGGCCCAACUUCUAGGAACUCAAAUUGGGUCCUCUUCAUCACGAAAUUCCAAUCAAGACAUUCCUGCUGCAUUGCAAACAUUUAAAGAACUUGCUGAGACUGGAUUACCUUCUGCUCAUAUGGGCAUGGGAUUUUUAUAUGCUACGGGUCUUGGAGGUGUUAAUGCUUCUCAAGGAAAGGCUUUAUUACAUUAUACAAUAGGUGCUCUUGGCAGAGACACUCGUGCACAAAUGGCUUUGGGUUACCGUCACUGGGCUGGAGUAACAACUCCUGCAUCAUGUGAGCGAGCCCUAGAUUUCUAUCGUAAAGUAGCAAACAAAGUGGCAGAAGAAGUAUCUCUCAGUGGUGGACCCGUUGUGCAGAGAGUGAGACUUUUAGAUGAGCAUGAAAAUCCUGGAUACAAUUCAGGUAUACUGGAUCAGGAUUUGAUAGAGUACUAUCAACUGUUGGCGGAGAAAGGCGACAUACAAGCUCAAGUGGGACUGGGACAGUUACAUUAUCAAGGUGGCAGAGGGGUACCUCUAGAUCAUCAAAGAGCUCUUCACUAUUUUCAACAUGCAGCAGAUGCUGGAAAUCCGAUAGCAAUGGCCUUUCUCGGAAAGAUUUACUUGGAAGGAAGCGAUAUAGUGAAGCAAGAUAACGAGACAGCAUACAAGUAUUUCAAAAAAGCCGCCGAAUUGGGAAAUCCUGUGGGACAAAGUGGGCUAGGUUUGAUGUAUCUAUAUGGGAGAGGCGUUGAGAGAGACACGGCAAAAGCUUUACAAUAUUUCAGUCAAGCUGCUGAGCAGGGAUGGGUUGAUGGACAAUUACAAUUGGGCAACAUGUAUUUUAGUGGAACGGGUGUACGACGCGAUUACAAACUUGCAAAUAAGUACUUCAAUCUAGCAAGUCAAUCAGGCCAUGUAUUAGCUUUUUAUAACCUUGCUCAGAUGCACGCCACAGGUACUGGCAUGAUGCGUAGCUGUUCCACCGCUGUAGAAUUGCUAAAGAAUGUGGCAGAACGUGGAAAAUGGAGCGAUCAACUUAUGGCAGCGCACACGGAUUAUAGAGAAGGUCGUAUAAAUGAAGCCUUUGUCACUUAUGCUCUUCUUGCUGAGAUGGGCUACGAAGUAGCUCAGAGCAAUGCUGCUUUUAUUCUCGAUAGAGGAGAAACGACUAUCCUUACCGAAGAAGAGGGAUUAGUGAGAGCACUAACUUUUUGGGCUCGUGCUGCUGCACAAGGCUACUCCGCAGCUCAGGUGAAACUUGGCGAUGCGCAUUACUACGGUAGAGGAACAAAGGUGGAUUAUGAAGCUGCUGCUAGUCACUAUCGCUUAGCCUCUGAACAACAGCAAAAUGCACAGGCUAUGUUUAAUUUGGGAUACAUGCACGAACGAGGUCUUGGUCUUGCGAAAGAUCGUCACCUAGCCAAGCGUUGUUACGACCUAGCUGCUGAAGCCAGUCCAGAUGCCCGUAUUCCUGUUGCUUUGGCCCUUAUCAAGUUAUCUCUUCUAUUCGGACUGGAUUACUUACAAGAGUUCAGCUUGGCUGAUCAGCUCGACAAGUGGGAUCAAUUACUUGGUCAGAACUGGGACUUAUACCUCAUUGGACUUCUCACGGGCAUGCUCAGCCUCGUAAUAUACUUCCGUAGGCCGCAACCUCCGCUUCAGAGACCAGUACCCCCUGUUAACUAGUCCUACUUUCAUACAAACGUUUGGUAAACCGUUAAUACAGUGAACCACAUUCAGAGUCAACAGUAUCGUGUUACGUCUAAAUACAUUUCUAUACUUUAUUUUUUUGGUAAUUAAAUUCUGUUUAUAUAUUGUAAAUUUCAUAUGCCUACCAGUAUGGGGCCGUGAGACUGCUUGAAUAUUCUUUUUGUGAAUUCAUAUUUGAUCAAGACAUUAAGAAAUACUUGAUAUGAAGAUCUUAUCAUUGGUAUAUGGAAUUUUCGUUUUAGAAAAUAUUUAUAGACCAUAACGAAAGUACGUAUUUCAUAUGUGGUUAAAUUAUUCACAAAUACUCUGUUUAUUGUUGUUUCUAUGAUAUGAAUAUGAAAACAGGACUCUGAGCUUGGUUCUUAAAGUUAUUAUGUGAUGAGAAUGUGAGAAAGUGAAUAAAAUAACAAAUAACCAAAUAGAGUGAGAUGGCUUAUAAAACGUCUUCUAUUUCCUAGUACACGUCUAACAAUAAAAAUACAAUAUGAUAGGACGAUGAUGAUACCAAAAUGAAAAUCCAGUUUAAAUAACCGUGCUCGACUUUCGACCAGUUGAUUUGCUCGGUAACGAUAUGUCGAUCAGUACAUAGACGAAGAUAAAUGAUUCAGUUAAAAUUUAAUAUAUUGAGUGAUAUGCAUUUGUUGUUACUUUAGUUUGUAUAAAACUUUAAAGGACUCCAACGAAGUGCUGUAAAAUAAAAUAAAUGUCGACUCGAUAUCUUUUUAUGUGAGGUAAUGAUUCCUGUUUUACAUUUA